GGCCCCGGCCGCCGACGGCGACAGGGCGACCAAACAAAAGUCCUCGCAUCCCGCCGCCGCCGCCGCCCCGCCUCCUCCUCCCAUGCGCCGCCACGUAGGAUCGCGCGAUCAGAUCUAGGGUCGAGCACUCCACUCUCCCGCCUCCCACGCGAUGCGGUGGUGGCCGGCGCUGCCGCUGCUCCUCCUCGCCGUCGCCGUCGCCGGUGCCGGCGACGCGGCUCCCGUGUGCACGCGGCCGUCCGCGGCUGAGGCGAUCGUGGGAUCCCCCGAGGCGUGCCGCUCGCCGCUGCGCCGCCCGCUCGGCGUCACCGAGGGAGAUGAUGCUAUCUUAGCGAGGGCCGUUAAUCUACUUCAUGCAAACAAGGAGGAUUUCGCUGCUGUGCUCUUCUAUGCUUCCUGGUGCCCAUUUUCACAAGAAUGCAGACUACGCUUUGAGAAGUUGGCUUGCAUAUUUCCAACUAUUCGUCAUCUUGCAAUUGAAGAAUCUACGGUCAGGUUAAGGACAAGAUAUCGGUAUGGGAUUCAUGGAUACCCAACGCUGUUUCUCAUAAACUCAACAGUGCGAGUGCGGUAUCAUGGGCCUCGAACUGUCAAAUCCUUAGCUGCCUUCUAUAAUGAUGUUUCAGGUAUUAAUCCAUCAAUGGAUCCAGCCGUUGGAGAUGAUAACAUUGAACCUAAAAGGGAUUGUGAGCAGGAAAAGUGCCUAUUCUGGUCGGCGCGAACACCAGAGAAUAUACUUCAACCAGAUACUUAUUUAACAUUAGCAGCUUCUUUUGUGAUCCUUCGACUGCUCUAUCUUUUUUAUCCGAAGAUCACUGCCUUUGUGAAGCGGACAUGGAGUAGGCGUACUCUCUUCACCUGCCUUGAGCAAGGAAAACAUAAAUUUAACAGGGUAUACCCGUCUAAGCAAGGGAAUUUGCAUGAUGGAGCAAGGCAUGCUACUGCUUGGGCUUCCAAAUCGUUAGCAUCUGUUUCAAUCGGAGAGCCAAGCACCAGUUGAUUGAACAACAAUACAUGAAGAACACGAUUUGUCAACUGGGACAUGUAGUAGAUUGGAGUAAUCAGUAACUGAACAGACCAUUUGCUGUGGUCGGCUGCGCAAAUUACUGUAACUGCUUCGUUAUGAAGCACACCUUUUUUCCCCUUUCCUUACAUCUUCUCAUAGCUACUCUUAUAAUAGUUACCGUCCAUUUCGUUUUCUUGGAGGUAAUAAAGUAUGUUUCAGACAAGUGUACUUUGACACUGCAAAAUGAUCAUAAAAUGAAAAGUGAUUUUACAUUA